ACUUGUUCUUGUUCUCUUUUUUGCUUGUUCUUGUUGUCGUCGGACAACAAUGCAAAUAAGGGUAUAGGGUUAUGCUUAUUAUCUUUUCAAAUUUAGGUUGAAAAAAUAUCAGUAAAGGCUAGAUAGGGUUGUGAAUUAAUUUUACGUAGAAAGAUUUAGCUAUCAAGAGUUACAGUAAUUAUCAUCAAUUCCUGUUCAAGUUUUAUUUGUUUGGUUACAGAUAAGAUAAAAUUGGGUUUGAUGGACAUUCAGACGUAAACGCUAACUAGGCUACAUCAUUAAUUUUAUAAGAGAUCAUGUUCUGAGACAAAUGGUGAAGUGUGCUCCAACAUGGAAAAGAUCGACACUUCUAUGGUCAAUUCUAAACCUCUUGAGUCUAAUAAAGACUGCAGUGUAAAGGCUAUGACUAGCAAAGGAGCAUCAUCCAUUGAUGGAGAACUGGACUCUGAAUCUAUUCCAGCAGAGCAAGGGGAUGCAACUGUAUCAAUCAGUGAUUUUUCUUCACUUUUUGCUGUCACAAAUGACAAGCAGCUGCCAUUCAACUGUCAAAUCUGCCACAGAGGAUUCUUGUAUGAAAGCGGUUUGAAUAAUCAUGUGCUAAUCCACACUGAAAACAAGUUGAAGUGUGAAUAUUGUGAUAAAAGUUUCAUAGGCAUGAAAAGGUUUAAUAGACACUUACAAAUGCACACCGGAGAAAAGCCAUUUAAAUGUGACAUUUGUGAUAAACGUUUCCCAUUUGUACAAAAUUUGAGAGUUCAUACCAAGUCACACUUUAUAGAGAAAUGUGUACAUAGGUGCGACAUAUGUCAAAGAACAUUUAGACAUAAAAGUCACUUGACCGAUCAUAUCAGGAGCCACACCAAAGAGAAACCUUUCAAGUGCCAGUUUUGUGAAAAAAGUUUUGCAAGCACAAGUAAUUUGUACUCUCAUGUCAGAAAUCACACUGGCUCCAAGCCUUUCAAGUGUCAAUUUUGUGACAAAUGUUUUGCACACAAAGCUAAUUUGCAUGCUCAUAUUAUGUAUCACUCUGGUUUGAAGCCUUUCAAAUGUGAUAUUUGUGGAAAAAGUUUCUCGCACAAGAGUCACAUGAAGUUACAUCGUAUGAUCCAUACUGGUGACAAACCAAUUAAAUGUGAAAUGUGUGAUAAAAAAUACACAUGUAACAGUCAGUUGAUAGUACAUAUGAGAUCGCACUCAGGAGAAAAGCCUUACAAGUGCAAUGCUUGUGGCAAGUGUUUCACCCAAUCAGGUCAUCUGACCAAACAUUUCAACAGGACUCACGCUAUUGAGGAAUUGGUCGAAUGUCAAAUUGAUGAUUCCCCACAGAAAGAUAAUUCAAAAGAUGAUACUAAUAGUACUCACACUGAGGAGCAACUGUUUGUAUGUGAACUUUGUGGAAAGGUGUUCACGCAAAAAGAUCAUUUGCAUGAUCACACGAAAACUCACACUAAAGAUGACUAUUUCAAGUGUGAUUUGUGCAGUGAAGUUUUCUCAGAGAAGAGCAAAUUGAAUGAUCAUAUAACUGUACAUAUAUAGUAUAGUAUAGUCAGAAGAAUGUAAACAUUACUAUCAGAUCCCAAAACAUCCUCAAUUGCAAUUUUCAGCUUUCCAAAACUUUUAAGUAUUGUUAAUUUUCGUAUCACACAUUCAGAUUCAGAUUAAAUUUCAUUUAGAAAUCAAUGUAAUGAUGUAUUUUGUUAUUAUACACUAUAUUAUAUAUAGCUCACUUAUUUUAUAGUCUGCAGAACGCUAUAUUUAUUAAUAAUUGUGAAGUAUUUUCACUUUUGCAGUUCUUCCUAUAUUUAUUUAUGUAUAUGACUCUAAUAACAGUUUCCUCUUCAUUCAAUCUACUAUUUCAUACAUUUAUUUCAAAAUAUUAUCUUUGUUAUGCCAUUGACAUACUUUUGACAGAUGACUGUCAUUCAUAAGGAACUCUCUAUUCAAGAAAUUGAGAAAAAGUCUGUAAGAAUAAUUUAGGCUGUUGAAAACCCUGUUUCUCCAGUUGAAGACAUUUAUAUUUAGAAGAUAUUUGUUGAUAGAGUAUGUUUGUAUAUAACUCAACUUUUUAAUUAAUCAACUUUGAUUUGUUCAAUUUAAAGUAUUGAUUUUUAGAAUAAUAUUCUAUUUUAUUGCAGUAAUGUAUUGAAAUGGACACCUGUUCAAUAGUUCAGAGUUUCCAGUCCAUGGCCAGCAAACCAGCACAUGCUAAAUAGACUAAAUUAUGUUCAACAUUUAAAUGAAGGACGCUUUUCAAUAUAAACGGUUGAGAGAAAA